AUCAUCUUCACUAAUCGAACACAAAAUAUUUUGUAUUCUUUGGUCAUUUUUUUCGCAAAAGUUCAUCAACUUGCAUCGGUUUCGCUUUUUCGGAUGCUAAUACUAAAAAACGCAUACAAAAAGAGAGAAAAAGAAAGAGCACUGCAAGUAAAAGAGACUUCUAAAAUGGCACCAAAAAUUACAGGAGAUCUGAGGAUUGUCAUGUUAGGAAUGACUGGAGCUGGAAAGAGUGCAACUGGAAACACCAUCCUAGGCAUGGAUGUGUUCGAAGAGGACCUGAGUCCAGGGUCAGUUACUCGUCAAUCCGUGAAAAAAAUGGCAAGAAAAGGAAGCCGGAUGGUCUCGGUCAUCGACACUCCAGGUCUCCAAGACUCAUCCGCAAAUGAAAGGGAAGUAAAGGAUGAAAUAAAGACGUGUUUGGAACUGUCUACUCCAGGUCCUCAUGUGUUUCUGCUGGUCAUCAGAGCAGAUGUAAGGCUGACAGAUGAGGUGAAGAAAACCGUCCGAUGGAUUCAAGACAACUUUGGGGAAAAAAGUGCACGUUACACAAUUGUUGUGUUCACUCAUGUUGAUUCGCUUACCAAAAGCCUGAAAGAUCAUAUUGAAGAGAGUUUAGAAAUGCGAGAGAUUGUUAUGACCUUUAGUGGCAGAUAUCACGCAUUCAACAACAAAGACAAAAGUAAUAAACUUCAAGUAGAUGAGCUGCUGGAUGAGAUGGAUGACUUAGUGAUCGGAAAUAGAGGGAAUCACUAUACUACUGAGAUGUUUAAUGAGGCCCAAUGGAGGCCUAACAAUAAAGAAAACAAUAACUAUAGCAAAGUUGGAAUUGCUUUUGGAUUGGGAAUAGCAGUGACAGCAGCAGCUGUAGUUGUAGUAAUGAAGAAAGGCAGUGACUAAAAUGGAAACCAAACAUUUUUACUUUUUCACAAGUAGACUGUAGAUUUCCUGCAGUUUUAUUUCAGGGUUUUGGGUAUUAAAGAUUCGCUCCACUUCAUAAACCAGAACAGUUCGCAAAAACUUUAACUCACUUUAAGUGUUUGAGAGUUGUGGUAGUAGCUUAUACCCAUUGACAUUUACUUCUAGAGGAGGGGAGGAUAGGAAGGGGUAAUAUUAUUAUCAUUUGCAGCGAUUGUUGUAUUCUUUUUGUUUCUUUGUUUUUUUUUUUUCAACUUGAUUUUUGGUUGAAAUAAAGGCAUUAAUUUAGAAAAUAAAUAUGAACAUUUUAAACUGA